AUGGCACGAUCUCCUGUGAGAAGUCACCGAUCAUAUGAGACCACCUAUUUUGAAUCUCCAGCCAAUACAAUUCUUGCAUAUCAUCAUCAACCAUUCAAAGUUCGUUCUGUGUGUGAAAAUACCGUGACCUCCUAUCAAAAUUUCUUUCGCAAACUUUUAUCGUUAAAAAUGGAUGAUCAACUGGAAUGCGCAUUAGAUCUUAUGAGACGACUUCCUCCUCAAAACACCGAGGAAAACCUUUCACAACUCAUAUCUCUCGUUCCUCCCCUUCAUGAGGACUUGGUUAAUGCUAUUGACCAGCCACUUAAAGUUGCGACAUGCCCAAUAACGAAAAAGGAAUAUUUACAGUCAUCCUUUAAUAGGGAUGGUGAUUCUUUUCGAUCCCCAUGGUCAAAUGAAUACGAUCCACCAUUCGAAAGUGGUAUGCUUCCUUCUCCAAAAACACGAAAAUUGGAAAUUGCAGCUAACGAUGCUUUUAAUACAUAUCGAGAAAU